AUGUACAUCACCCUCUACUACAUAGUCACCCGGCUCCCUGACACCCUUCGCCCGGUCAGGGACCACUUCCUCUCUGUUUGCCCCACCACCCUCACCGUUGACCUCCUCGAGGAGCGCCUUCUCGCGGCAGAGAAGAGCAUAGUCGCAGUAGGUGCCUCUCGUGGUGACCCUCGUGCCCCUGUCUUUGAGGGGUGCUCCCCCUCUCCCCUCUUGCCCUCUGUUGCCUCUGCUGCUGCGGUCGACCUCGUUGGUCUUGAGUCGGUCGCUGCGGCGUCUGCCCCUAGCGGGAGACGCCGCCCUGGCAAGGGCAAGGGGGGCAAGGGUGCUGGAGGAGCUGGAGGGGGCGGUGGAGGCGGAGGUGGAGGUGGUGGAGGGGGUGGGGGUGGCGGUGGGGGUGGUGGCGGCGGUGGGGGCGUCGGUGGCGGGACUGGAGGUGGAGGUGGAGGCGGCGGUGGCGGUGGGAGCGGAGGUGGCGGUACUGGAGUGGGUAGCGGCGGAGGCGGUGGAGCUGGUCGGGGUGGCGCUGCGCAGAGGGGUGGCUCCGGUGGUGGUGCGCGCCAGCAGCAGCAGCAGCAGCGUACCCGUGAGACCCCUUCCCCUCAGCAGCUUCGUGAGUGGUACGCUGCUCGUCAGCGGGGCGGUGGUGCUGGCCCCUGUACCUACGUUCUCCGUACCGGCGACCGGGCGGGUGAGCAGUGUGGGGGCGCGCACCCCACCCAGCGCUGCUUUGGUCAUCUGACGGACGCGUGGCGCCACCAGUUCCCCGACGCUACUGAGAUCCCUCGCUGGGGCGAGCUGUCUAGGGCGGGUGUUGCAAUCUAUGAUCUUGAUUUUGAUGCUAUUCUUGCUGCCAUGUAUGCUGUGACUAUUAGUGAUGAGGGUGACUGUUACCGGUGUUUCCCGCCUGACCCAGGCAUAGAGGCUGCUGCGCUAGGUACUUGUGAGGCUGCUGCUCUAGGUGCCAGUGCGUCUGCCGGCCCAGGUGCCGGUGAGUUUGCGCUCUCAGGUACUGCGUCGUCACCGGACACCCACACCUUCACCCUUGACUCGGGUGCUUCCCGCUCCUUCUUUCGAGACUGCACCACUCUCACACCGCUCAGUCGGCCUGUUGCGGUCUCCCUGGCGGACCCCUCUGGGGGUCCUGUCCUUGCUCACUACUCCACUGUCCUACCGUGUCCGGCGGUCCCGUCUGGCUCCCUCUCGGGUCUCUACCUCCCCUCGUUCUCUACGAACUUGGUCGCGGGUGCUGACCUCCAGGAUGCAGGAGUUGACCAGUUCACCCCUGCGCGUCAGUGGGUGACCCACUGCACUUGUGCGGACACGGGCCGACACUUGGCCACGUUUGCUCGUCGGCCAGGGUCGAGCCUGUACACACUGACUACUGAGUCUCCUCCAGUCACUGAGUCUGCUCAGGUAGCUGCGUCGGGUCAGGUGUUUGCUGCGGCGUCCAGGUCUGGUCCUGAGUCUGCCCCCUGCUCGUGUCGUCUCCUGUCCCACCGGACUCUCCUCUGGCACCACCGUCUUGGUCACCCCUCCCUGCCUCGUCUUCGAGGCAUGGCUUCCCGUCUUCUUGUUUCUGGCCUCCCCCGGUCCCUCCCUCCCCUUCCUCCGGAGCCUACCCCCAUCUGCGUUCCCUGCGUCGAGGGGCGGCAGCGCGCUGCUCCUCACUCCUCCGAGUUUCCUCCGACAGAGGCUCCGCUGCAGACGCUUCACAUGGACGUGUGGGGCCCAGCCUGCGUCCGUGGGCAGGGUCACGAGCGUUACUUCCUGCUGGUGGUUGACGACUACUCGCGUUACACCGCAGUCUUCCCCUUGCGCAGCAAGGGUGACGUCACUGAGGUGUUGAUCGCCUGGAUCCGCGCAGCUCGUCUCCAACUCCAGGAGAGUUUCGGCUCCGAAUUUCCUGUUCGGCGUCUGCACUCCGACCGAGGCGGAGAGUUCUCCUCUGACCUUCUGCGGGCCUUCUGUCGCGCACGAGGCAUUCGCCAGACCUUCACGCUUCCGGACUCUCCGCAGCAGAAUGGGAUUGCUGAGCGCCGCAUCGGCAUGAUCAUGGACGUCGCUCGUACGUCCAUGAUCCAUGCGGCUGCUCCCCAUUUUCUGUGGCCGUUUGCGGUUCGGUACGCGGCGCAUCAGCUCAACCUUCACCCCCGGGUCUCCAUGCCCUGCUUUGCUGUGGACGGGGAAGGUUGGUGA